GCUGAAAAUGGUGACACCUUCAAGCACAUUGAUACGGUUUUCAACCUAAAUAUGACGUUACCACUUAAUCUGUGCACAGGAGAACACGAAUUCUAAUGGAGUUUCCAUUUAAUAUCAACAAUUUAGUUGGAAGUGAAAUUUCCAAGCUAGAUAGAAGUGUGACUCCAUUCAGGAAAAAUGCCGACGGCUUUACCUGUAAUGAGCUACGGUCCCAACUCAUCACUGUCAUUGAUAAGAUGGGAGAGGCUUCUUCACGGGCCCAGGGACUCCAUGGAACAAUUACAGGAGGGCGAAAACUCCAGUUGUCGGACCACACCCUGUACUUAAUGAAGGAUUCAAACAAUAAUAACAAUGGUGCUGGAGCAGCGGUGGGCAUUCUAAAGAUUGGACAUAAAAAGCUUUUUGUGUAUGACAGAAAUGGAGGUGUCCAUGAGUUGGAGCCUAUAUGUGUGCUUGAUUUCUAUGUCCAUGAGUCUAGGCAGAGGAUGGGCUGUGGGCGCAAGCUGUUUGAUUAUAUGCUCAGAGAUAUGAAUGUCAAACCACAACAUUUGGCAAUUGACAAGCCGUCAUUCAAGUUCAGUCAGUUUCUAAACAAGCACUACAACCUGAAAGCAGAGAUUCCCCAGGUGAACAACUUUGUGGUGUUUGAGGGUUUCUUUAACCGCCCGAACACAGGUGCUGGUAACGCCAGGCGGAGAUUUGGGGGCAGGCCUCCCAUACAUCCAGAUUCUAACUUUGGUGAUGGAGAAAUAAUUGUACAACAAGGUCGAAGUUCUAGUCAUUACGGACGCUUUAAGCGUCACUACAGUCGGCCAAACUCUGGACAACUGUCCAGCAGAAGUGCUCCACCUAAUCAACAAGAUGAGCCAAAUUUAAGAGAACUUGAGCUGCAAGUACCGGUUGGAGUCAAAGACCUUGAAAUUGAUCCACUCAGGAAUACUUCAGACCAAAGUGUGCACUUGAACCUGCAGCCUCUAAACACCACAUAUAACUCACGAGCGUAUGGUGCAGGGGCUAACUUAUACAGUCGCCAUGUCAGCACACCUCCUGAAGGGGGUCAUCGCUCUCGUCCUAAUAGCGGUUCAUACAACCACAGGGAAGGAAGUCGAGCCAACAGUCGUACGAGUGGGGGGAGUCGCACCAACAGUCGAAAUCAGGAGCCUUUCAGAGGACCCUCUCCACCAAUGCUAAAGAGACAGGAACCCCCACAAAGCUACAAAGACCAGCUCAACCUUCACCAGGACUAUCAAGGUCGUGGUGGCCACCUGAAGGUUCACAUCACCCCAGACAAUCAACCAAGUAAUUUACCAACGAUUCAGACAUACACAAAGCCAUCACUCCUUCCUAACAUUACAACCAAUGCAUACAACUCCGGCUAUGCUGACCGCUACAAGCCCCUAAAUAACAUGACAAACUGGACUCCUGGGGGAGCUAGUCCAACCCACCAAACGAUCGGGGCACGCCACUACUCCCAUACAAGACUUUGGUAGGAUGGAGGUAUCAACUUUGCCAUUUUAUCAUUCACAAAAGUAUGACCAGUGGAUCUUCUGAAGAAAGGGCCUUGCUACACUGUACUAUGCCAAUACCUUUGUUGGAUGUAAUGUGGAAGUUUAGAGAUUUUAAAGUUGUCAUAAAAUUUGUGGGAGUUUAUAGUGGAAACCAGUUAAGGUUCUCUUCCAUAAGCACAUACCUGGUAUUAAGCCCAUCCAUGUAAGAUACAGAUCAGAAGAAAUGGUAACAAAUGAUAUUUCAUUGUCUUGAUGUUACAACCCUCUCUUGCUUUGAGUUGGAAUUGAAGUAUUGACCUCCUCGGCUUAGUGUAGAGAUAUAUGGUUACUUGUAAUCAACCUAUCUCGUAACUAUGUAGAGUAAUAAAUGGGUCACAUAGUCAAGUCGUAAAACAGUUUACCGGUAACAAAUGUUAUUAUACCGUGGUUGUUAGUACCUGUGUAAUUACGCUAGAUAAUAGAGCAGUAAGGUACAGUGACGUGUAAAUCCUUCAAUACAGAUACGUUCCAAUUCAUCACUGUCCAUUUUCUUAUAGUUUCACUUUGUGAUUUACACCACUGUCAAACAGCACUUUACUCUUAAAUCUAGGAAACAUGUAAAUGUCCCUGGAAAGAUUUAGAACAUGUGCACCACUGUGAAACAUUACUAAAUAAAUCCCAAAUUCAGGAAAAAUGUAUAGUACCUGGUAAAAUAAAUAGUGUAAGUCCAGUCCUUGAUGUCUGAUCUGUCAUCAUCAUAAGAAAUUUUGCAAGUCGGUUGAUUAAGAAUUGACGGUACCAUGUACAUGUACAUAAACUUUAUAUAAUAUAUUCUUAUCAAAAAAGAUACUGCCAUUUAUUAAACUCAUUGUUUAGUUGCAUAGUGUAUUAUGAUAUUUAGUCUAAUUUAUUAGCUGUGAUAAAAACAACAACAUAUCAAUCAAUGCUGAAACAUCUUUGUUAUUUGUUAUCAAAACUGAACUUACCGGUAUAUAUAGUUAUCAACAUGUACUGUGAUAUAUAGUCUUAAAAUAAAAAAAUAUUUUUAGAGAAUAUUAUGAAGCCUCAAUUCAAGUUUUUUGUAAUGGUGUUAACAUGAAUGAAGGUUUGCCUGUAGUUUUAUCAAAACUAUGAUAUUACAAAGAUCACAUCCUUUUCAUACUCUUGUCAUAAUUUAACAUAGUGCUAAUAUUUUUUGUCUAUUGAGUAGUUGACAUACAAUGUACUUAUCUCAGUGUGUUCUGGCUGGUGUGUAUUAAGUUAUUCAUUUCCUCAUGCUUUGUAUUUACAUGUUUAUCAUUUCAUUAUCUGUCUGGAGGAAAUUCUGGAGAAAUUUUACGAUAUCCUACCAGUUCGUGUAGCUUGAACAUGAAAAAUCAAAAUCAAAAAUGCAUGAUCCAUGUUUUGUCUUUUUUUUUAUUUUGAUAAAAUAGAGCGCUCAUUAGCUUCAUGUUUCAUUAAUAUGCGAUUGUGAAUUCAGGGCAUUUUAAUUGAUGAAAAUUAUUUCAUGUUCAAAUAUAAUUAACUUAUUUACUGGUUGUAUUAAACUAUAUUUACAUUCCCUGCAGGACUCAUUUGUGCAUUAAGUAUAUAUAUUUUGUACAUCGUGUCAUGAUUAUAUUGUAGAUAGAUAUUCUAUUCAUAUCAUAUUAAUUAAGCUAACAUUUUCUUAUGUUAAUUGGUGAUGGUUAAAACCAUAUACUGUAUGUAUCAAUUGCCACACAUUAUUAUUGGAAUGGUAAUAUAAUAUACAGUAUUGAAACUGUGAUCUUUUUAGAAUAGUGAUGCAUGCUUGCUAAUUGCUACUUUAUAGUAAAAUAUGUACAUUGAAAUAACUUUGUUACCAUGUUGGUUAACGUUGUUACCAGUGUUUAUUAUACUGCAUGUAUAACUAAAAUUAUCACUGUUGAUAUGCGUUUUAUACCUUAAUUUACCAUAAUGCACUAGCUGCAAUUUUGAAAAUGCAUGUAAUGUCGUUUUUUGCCGACUUUUCAUGAUAUUUUUAUAUCCACAACUUUUUGAUGAGAGGGAAGGAUUCACAUGUAUUGACUGUUACUCAUGUCCAUCCCAUCUUCAUUUUGCUUUGCCGUUUUGAUCAAACUACAUACAAAGGUAAUGUAUGGGAAUACCUGAGUGUGUUUAUGAUUCAGGGUUCCGAGACCAAUAAGGUCAUAGGAAGCUAAGGUCAUGCAUAAAAUUCCAUGAAUGAGUUAUCAUUUCUUGGAUGAAAGGUCGAUGUCACUUACUACUGGUGUUUAUAGAAAAUAGUCAAUAUCACUAGCAGUUUCAUUACUGAAUACAGAGAUCAUGGAUAAAAAUGUUUCCCAUUUCCCAAAUGAUGUCAAGGUUGCUGUGCAUAUCAAAGUACAUUUUUUAGCAAUUUCUAACAAGUUUUGUAUUUUUCAGGGGGCUAAGUCAUCAGUUUUACUAUAAAUUUAUAAAACUUCAUUGAUUUUCCAAACAAGUUACCACAUAUUGCCUGAUAUUAAUCACUCGUGUUGGCUUCGAUGGAAGUGCACAAUUGAAGGAAAUGGAUUACCUGUACCCCGAUGUUGAGCCCCAGUUGCCUAAGUGAAAGUUUUAUUAUACUACAGUGCAACCCAAUUGUAACUAACUUAAUUUCAUAUGUACAUGUAUCAAUCUAAUUAAAAUCAUACUUGUAAUUUCCGCUUCUCUACGAUACACUGCAAUACAAGAUCCUUGUAUUGCAGUGUUUCGUAGAGGAAGUCUAAUUCUAAUUAGAUUGGUACAUGUAUAUAAUAUAAGGCAUAUUUGUCAACAUUGAUUGAUACAUGUCUUCCAGACACUUUCUUGUUCAGCCUGAAUUUCAUCAUCAAAGAAUAAAUAAUUAUGUAUUGCGUUUAAAACAAUUGCUCCAAAAUUUUGUUUUAGUUUAAUGAUACAGUGGACUUUUUUGAAGUCUCUAUAUGAUACAGAAAAUCAAAAAUGUUCACUGUGAAUUUAAUCUUUUUACAAGAGACACAUUUAUUGGGCUAGAAUGAACACAAUACAAGCACAUUGUUAUUGUGAAAACACUUGUUUAUACACUAUACAUGUAAGGUAUUCUGUUAUUGACAGUGUAUGUAUUGUUUAGUUGUGUUUUAUGCUGAUGAACCUGGAAAUAAUGAUGAUUCAACUGAAAGUACAUGUCCAAGUCCGUAUGAAAUAAAUAAUACUAAAUUAUUUAA